UUCGGUGCUGCCGCCGCACACCCCCGCACCCCGCCCGUGCACCUCCCGUGUCCCCUGUCACUUACACCGGCUGCACACUCGCGCGCAUACAAACCUCGCACCACAGACCCGGGUUCCGGUAGUGCACACACUAGCAGCCCCUGCCCCACCACUCACCACUGUCCCCAACUCAUGCCAACCCACCGAGACCCUGCCACGCCCCAGUACACACCCAGGCGCACACGCACGCUUCCAACACAUCUCUGCGAUACCUGCAGUAACACAGCUCCCCCUACCAUGCCCCCACCACCUCGAACUGCCCAUCUGCCCAUUACAGACACCCCACCCACGUUCCCAGCCCACAGACACUGCAGUCCACCCACCCCGGAGCAAGGUCCCAUCAGAAACCCACAUCCCAGCGGCUGACACUCCCCACGUCCCAAGCACACACCUCCAGCAUCUCCAACGCGCACUCUCAUCCACCCCAGCAAGCGCGCACACCUGCUGGAUUCACGCUCUCCAGCACCCUGCCCCGCCCCCAUCACAAAUAGCCUUCGACACCCCCCAGCACAUCUCUGAGUCCCUCCCUUCCUCCCCCCCCAACACCUGGCACGCGGGCUCUAGAGGCUGCAGCAUUUGGUGGCAUCCCUGCCAGGCACCUCUGGCUCUCCUUCGGCAGCGGCUCAGCAGCCUUGGGCCCCCCAGGUGCCUCCCUAAACAGACCUUGAGACUCCCCAGCGACUGGUUUGGCCUCUUCCCUAAGAGAUAAAGAAGGCACUUUGGGGUCCAAGGUAGGGUACUUAGAUGUGGAAGCAAGGGGCCCCGGGAAGGGGCGGGGAGGAGGCGGAGAGAGCCCGGCGCUGAAAUGGAGGCGGCCCAGGUGGGACCAAAAGGACGCCAGCUGCCCGGCAAGCACGUAGUAGCGACCGUGGCCCGGCGUGUAGGGAGCCGAUCGCCCAUGGAGGGUCUGGGCCGCUCGUGCCUGUGGCUGCGCCGGGAGCUGUCGCCCCCGCGACCGCGGCUCCUGCUCCUGGACUGCCGUAGCCGCGAGCUGUACGAGUCGGCGCGCAUCGGUGGGGCGCUGAGCGUGGCCCUGCCGGCGCUGCUGCUGCGCCGCCUGCGAAGGGGCAGCCUGUCGGUGCGCGCGCUCCUGCCCGGGCCGCCGCUGCAGCCGCCCCCACCUGCCCCGGUGCUCCUGUACGACCAGGGUGGGGGCCGGCGCCGGCGCGGGGAGGCAGAGGCCGAGGCCGAGGAGUGGGAGGCCGAGUCGGUGCUGGGCACCCUGCUGCAGAAGCUGCGAGAGGAAGGCUACCUGGCCUACUACCUUCAGGGUGGCUUCAGCAGAUUCCAGGCCGAGUGCCCUCACCUGUGUGAGACCAGCCUUAGUGGCCGUGCCGGCUCCAGCAUGGCCCCAGUGCCCAGUCCGGUGCCUGUAGUGGGGUUGGGCAGUCUGUGCCUGGGCUCCGACUGCUCUGAUGCGGAAUCCGAGGCUGACCGAGACUCCAUGAGCUGUGGCCUGGAUUCGGAGGGUGCCACACCCCCGCCAGUGGGGCUGCGGGCAUCCUUCCCUGUCCAGAUCCUGCCCAACCUCUAUCUGGGCAGUGCCCGGGAUUCCGCCAACUUGGAGAGCCUGGCCAAACUGGGCAUCCGCUACAUCCUCAAUGUCACCCCCAACCUCCCAAACUUCUUCGAGAAGAAUGGCGACUUUCACUACAAGCAGAUCCCCAUCUCCGACCACUGGAGCCAGAACCUGUCGCAGUUCUUCCCGGAGGCUAUUGAGUUCAUCGAUGAGGCCUUGUCCCAGAACUGCGGGGUGCUCGUCCACUGCCUGGCGGGGGUCAGCCGUUCUGUCACCGUCACUGUGGCCUACCUCAUGCAGAAGCUCCACCUCUCUCUCAACGAUGCCUAUGACCUGGUCAAGAGAAAGAAGUCUAACAUCUCCCCCAACUUCAACUUCAUGGGGCAGUUGCUGGACUUUGAGCGCAGCCUGCGGCUGGAGGAGCGCCGCUCACAGGAGCAGGGCAGUGGGGGGCAGGCAUCCAUGGCCUCUGACCCGCCCUCCUUCUUCACCACCCCCACCAGUGAUGGCGCCUUCGAGCUGGCCCCCACCUAGGGCCCCGUGGCCGGCGGGCCGGCCCCUGCCCCACCCCCACCCACGGGUGUCCCUGCCCACUCGUGCGGCAAGGGAGGGGAGGGCAGGAGGGCUCGGCCUGAGCAGGGUGCUGGGGGGAGAGCGCAAUACCUCACGCGGGCUGGCGUCCUAAUCAACGUGCCUACGGCAGGGCUGCUCUGAGCCUGCCUCUUCUGCGACUGUUACUUCUUGCUUUGCGGGAUGGGGGUGGGGGUCCCUCUCCAGGUGGUUGUCCAGGCCCCGGCCCCGGCCCUGGGUGCUCGGCCAGCUCGGCUGGGCCCUGCACCUCCCUGCGCUUCCUCCUUCAGGAAGGGUGUGUGCCACCUUGUUGCCACAGGGACUGGCUCCCAGUCCCUCCCCUGUCCCCAAAUGGUUGCUUGGGGGAGAGGAGUUUGCCAUCACUGGUGUUGUCACCUCCCUGUUUCUCCACCAAGGGCUUGGGCCUCUCGGGGCUGGGGCCUCCCAGGGAAUGGGGACCCAGAGGUGCAGUGGCCGCCUACAUCCAUGGCCUAGGAGCAACUGGGCAGGUUCCCGGCCACACAUCUGGUGGGCUUUUUUUUUUCCCUCUUCCCCCAGAUGUCUUGACGGCAUCACUGGGGCUCUUUGUGAGUGAGGGUGGUCAAACUGCUGCCGGAGGAGAUGGGGUCUCAGAGCGAGAGCGGGGGAGGGGGAGGGGAAGAAGAAGGCCUCACUUUUGCUGCUGCGGGGCCCACACAGCCGCUGCUACUUUGGGGGCUGGGGAAGGGGCCAAGCUGCAGACACACACAGUCAUUCAUUUCUGUCCACACCCCUGUGGGUGGCGGGUGUGCGUGUGUGUGCGCGCGUGUCGGCACUCACACACACAUGCUAACCCACUGAUUCACCCAGCCCAGGGCUGGCAGUCUUUGCGGCAUGGGGCCAUCUUACUCUGGAGCCUGGAGAGGAGCUAUGCUUGUUUUUGUAAUCCAUAUCACAGUUGCUUUCUUUAAUUAUUCCUUCUGAAUAAACAGUUUAUUUAAGAUACUGA